AUGGCUUCCACAUCACGCAGACCUACCGGAAAGAGAUCCCGAGAAUCAUCCUCCGCAUCUCUUCCCAUAUCUGCUGUAUCGCUUGUUCCACCAGCUCGUGUCGAAGCCUUCAACAAAGAUAUCGGUAAAAGAGGAGUUGUUCGACAACAUGCGUUCUACAAACUUACCGCCGAACGCAUGCACCUCGUAGAAAUCAUGGCUCUGCUACAGCAUCAAGGCAUUGUCAACUUCUUGGAAUGCAACGCUAAAUACAGUGAAGACUUAGUUCGAGUCUUCUACGCCGGCCUUCAUGAUAACUUUCACGGGCACAAGUUUCACUCCAGAAUCGGCACGACAAAGGAUUAUCAACUAGCACCUACUUUGGAAGAAUACUCUCAUAUUUUGGAUAUUGGGAUUAAGAUCCGAGUUCCUUAUGUCUGCACUAAAGAGUUCCCUAAGUCUGAUAUCCUUGCUGAAGCCCUUGACCUAGAGAAGAAGGAAGUAGAGCUCAAUCUCAAGCUUAAGGGUAGAAUCCAUGGUUUUACCUCGAAGUUUCUGGUGGAUAAGGCCACUACUUUUACCGAGGCUGAAAGAUGGAUGGAUUUCAACGCCAUUAUAGCUUUACUUAUCUAUGGGAUUAUAUUGUUUCCAAAUAUCGAAGACUUUGUGGAUCUGGCUGCUAUCCAUAUUUUUCUGACUCAGGAUCAUGUUCUUACUAUUCUUGCAGAUACUUACUACUUUAUCCAUGUAAGGACUCGGAAGAAGAAAGAAACCAUUAUAUGUUGUAUCCCUUUACUAAGCUACGAUAAUGUCAAACUCAUUCUUAGUUGUGGUGACUUCCCUAAUAUACCUCUUCUUGGGAUCGACAAUCCAGAGUUACUCAAGAAGAUUAUAAAGACUUAUGGAGAGAUAUGUCCUCAAGGAAGAGCUGAAAUGGGUAAGAAGAACUGCAUAUCUAGGGAAUCUUAUACCAAAUGGGUGAAGGAUAAGGUUAAAGAGAUAUUGAUGUCGUUUCCAUCAAAUUCAUCUAUGAGUAUCAAGCUUCCCGAAUUCAGUGUUAAUCAUAUCUCUGAAUUUGACAAGCUGAAGGGAAUUAUCAAGGCAUUAGAGAAAGAGAAUGUGGAUCUCAGAUCUAAUCUUGGUAAGGUUUCAUUGUAG